GAAAUGGGGCUACUACUUUGUCGAUCACGACAGACAUGUCAUUUUCUGGCUGGAGCCCUACAAAUCUAGAGAUCUUAUGGAUAAUGUUCGAGGAGUAAAACGCAAAAGCCACAUCAGAUAUGCGCUAGAAUCGCAGUACUGGUCACACAUUGAACUGUUUUCAAACAAACGCUUCCUUCCGGAAGAUGUCCUCGUGACACUUAAGGAAAUCGUUAUGUUUACUCGGGCAGACAAUAUCACCUCCAAAAAAUUCCUAGCAUCUUUUACUUCCGACCAGGUUUCAAGUAUGCUAGACCUUAUGGAUCCUCUCAUGAGCAGCAUUGACAAGGAGCAUGAGCAUUCUGUAUGGAUCGUCGGCCUUCUGCUAAUUACUCGAUUAGGCAGCAACAAGUUUGUAAACUUCUGUGGACAGCCGGGAGCUCGGCUUGACGUAGACCAGUCGCUAUACGUCGAUUACAUUCCCCCUCCGAAAAGCAUCCUUUUUCGCGUCAUAAAUGUCAUUUUGUUUGGAGCCCCUGGUGCUCAAAGCAAGGCCCUUCACAAGAUAUGGGUCGAUUGCACCAUCGUUCAACGACGUUGGGAAAGUUUUAUCAACAGGCUCAAUAGUGAAUGGAAGGGAUACUCGGUAUUCUCUACGGUGAUGCUUACUGUUGAUAUCAGUUUUCUGUUAGUUCCACCCGUCCAGAAUCAAGUGUCUGCAAUCAUUGUAUUGUAUAUGUCUACCCUUUGUGCCUUGGGCUCGUUAGUGGUCUCACUAGUCCUGGCCGGACAAGUCAAUGACAGCCAUCGGGACUCCGCUGAAAGUGUGGCUUUGUUCAUGAUAGAAAUGUCGCAGUCUAUGCUCGGCCUCGAAAGCCUUGCACUCAUGCUCAGUCUGCCAUAUGCUCUUCUGAUUUGGGGAAUGAUAUUCUUUGCUGCAACAUUGUCCAUUGUGAUUUACUGCACUUCCGACGUUGUCAUCAUCUCGAUCGUUUCUCCGAUAUGGUUCGCCAUAUUUAUCGUGUCGACGUGGCCGUUACUAGCUGCUAAUGGUAUUAUAUCCCACCUGAGUUCCUGGGUCGCAAAACAAGUGUGGCAUUUCAGAUCAUGAUGGAUCGCUACCGGGUCUCCUUACUGAUGUGAUGUGAUGCAAUUAUGUCCGGUGUUCUGGCUGUUUUAUGUGAUACCUGUUUAUUCCUGGAUAUCAACACGGUUUACACAACCAAGUGCAUUGACAGUGAACGCGAUACGUGCAAGUUGUUCUACUCUUCCAUCAGCCCUGAAGCCUAGGCUCGAGAGCAGCCUGGUUUUGAUUUUACGACCAAUAAGUCGAGUUGCACAUCUCUCACAACGGCGCUUCACAAGGUAAUGCAAGUACGAUGAAGGACAUGCGCGCACUAGAGAAAUCAAAAAGGGUAAACGCAUAUUAGACGUUGGUUAGACG